AUGGAUAUCUCGUGGCCGGCGACGCUGCUUCUGGCUCUGCUCGGUCUCUUCAUCUACAGAACAUGGGAUACAUUGUAUCGAAAGCGCAAACUGCCCCCUGGUCCUACCCCUCUGCCCCUGCUCGGAAACGUCCUUCACAUGAAGAGGGGGGAGAUGGUGAAGUCCUUACUACAGUUCGGGGAUAAAUAUGGCCCGGUCUACACCGUCUACUUUGGUCCGAAUCCCGUUGUUGUCCUCUGCGGAUACCAAGCGGUGAAGGAAGCUCUUAUCGACCAAGCAGAUGACUUCGGGAGUCGGGGACGGCAACCCACUACUGAUGGAUUCGUCCAAGGAUUUGGGGUGGCUUUUAGUAACGGGGAAAGGUGGAAGCAGCUGAGGCGUUUUUCGCUAAUGACCCUGAGAAAUUUUGGGAUGGGCAAAAAGAGCAUUGAGGAGAGGAUCCGGGAAGAAGCCCAGUUCUUGGUGGCUGAACUCAGGUCAUACAAAGGAAAAUCGCUGGACCCAACCACCGUCCUGGUCCAGGCUGUCUCCAAUGUUAUUUCUUCCAUUGUUUUUGGGAGUCGUUUUGAAUACAACAAUAAAGAUCUCCAGGUUCUGUUGAGCCUGUUUGCUGCGACCUUCAAGGAUAUGAGCAGCGCAUGGGGACAGCUUCUGGAGAUGCUUCCGACGGUCAUGAACUACAUCCCGGGUCCUCACCAAAGGAUAAACAAACACCUGAAUAAUCUCCUGGAGUUUGUGACACAAAGAGUGGAGAGAAAUCAGAAGACCCUCGAUCCAGACUCUCCAAGGGACUUUAUCGACUGCUUCCUGAUAAAAAUGCAGCAGGAGAAACAGAAUCCCACUUCAGAUUUCAACAUGAAAAACUUGUUAAUGACGGUGAUCAACUUGUUCUUCGCCGGAACCGAAACUGUCAGCACAACUCUGAGGCACGGCUUUCUCAUCCUUCUGAGGUACCCUGAAAUCGAAGAGAAGCUUCAUGAAGAAAUCGAUCGCGUGAUUGGCCAGAACCGCAGCCCCAACAUCGAGGACCGGAGCAAAAUGCCGUACACCGACGCGGUGAUCCACGAGAUCCAGAGAUUCAGCGACAUCGUCCCAAUGAAUCUUCCUCAUUCAGCCACCAACGACACAACUUUCAGAGGUUAUAAAAUUCCCAAGGGCACCGAUGUCUAUCCGUUACUCUGCUCCGUUCUCCGAGACCCUACGCAGUUUGCGACUCCCAACAAGUUCAACCCAAAUCACUUCUUGGACGAAGACGGACGUUUUAAGAAGAGUGAGGCCUUCAUGCCCUUCUCUACAGGGAAGCGGAUCUGCCUCGGUGAGGGUCUGGCACGGAUGGAGCUCUUCCUCUUCCUCACCACCAUCCUGCAGAACUUUAAGUUGUCCUCCCAAACGCGUUUCACUGAAUCGGACAUCGAACCAAGAAUGAAAGGGAUUGCGAACUUCCCGAUGCCUUAUCAACUUUCCUUCGUCCCGUAUUAA